ACACGAAUAAUUACUUAUAAAAAAGGGAGGCUUCAGAUAUCUUUAUUGCAUGAAUAAGUGAAUUUAUUGCAUGAAUAAAUACUUGUUCUAAAAAUUGUCUACAACAAAAUUACAAGGGCAUUAAAUUAUAUUAGCUGACUUCCGUAUUACAUUUGAAUUGUUCGUUGGGUAAUCAUCAGAUUAAAUCAAAGGAAACCCGCCUAAAUUGAAUAUGAAAUACUAAGUUAUUAUACUAAUAUAUUCGAAUGGCAGGAGCAAGUAGAAGUGCAAGCCUGGAAGAACAAUUUUCUACCAAAUGUAGUUUAAGAACAUCGAAAAGUGAAAACAAACCUCUGGAGUGUAUACCGCUGCUGUUGUCCGAAGUUCUGCGUUGUAAGGCAACAUCUUCACCCGCUGUUUAUGAGGCUUUUGAUGGUGCGUUGAUAUUUCGUACAAUGAUAUUGCAUGCACGUGUUGUUGGUAAAAUAAUGCUUGGCUGUAAAAACGGGCAAUAUAAAUUUGAAAUCGACGAUUGCACCUCAGUUCUGCCGCUAAUUUUUCGAAAAAAACAAGAAGAUAUUAACGAAAUUCAACGCUUGAAAAAUGAAGUGUCUGCAAGAAUAGCAGGCAAGCAAGGAAAAUAUAUUUUAGAUGCACUACAAAGAAUACUGGAUGCAACUGGCAAGCAGCUGGACCCAUCUCGUAUUUCCGUUGGCAAUAAAAUAUUUAUAUUUGGCAGGCCAAACUUAUUUCGAGAUCAAAUAAGUAUUUUUGGAUUUAGUUGGGAUUUGGAUGAAGGUUCUGAUAGAAGUAUGGAAUUAUCUUUUAAAGAUGAGCUUAUUGAGUGGUAUAUGAACAAAUACCAACACAAUCAACCAGCAAAAUAAAAAUCGUAAUUGUGUA